AUGCCAGUCGAACUUGCCCACGAGCAGGUGAGAAGGCCUCUCCUUGCCUCCAGCCAUGCCUCCCAAAAGGGAUUCUCGAUCCGGAUGCAUCCUCCGCGUCUCAUUGGCCCCGUCGGCGGGACUCGAACAGAGGCUUCUUGUGCUGCGACGUGCAGUCGCUACAGACGCACACUCGAAUCUCUCCGUCCAUCUAUACACGUCUCCGUCCCAGUUUAUGUUAGCCCAAUUCCCUUCGGAGCUCUACUCCCCUCACCCCACCUCACCCCACCACACCAUACCCCAACCCGCUUGCACGCGUUAGUGCCUCGGUUCAGCGUCAACUUGAGUCUUCCCGCCGACUUCAGCUCGUCGCUCGCGUCCCGGCUGCUCUCGCUGCGCUUCCACUCGGUCGCCACGCCAACCACGACGCGGCUGGCCGCGCUGCUAAGCGACGCUGCUUUCGCCAGCCGCGCCCAGCGCUUCCUCAUCUCCACCGACGACCGGGCCCUGUUCGCCCUCGAGCCCGAGGCCCGAGCGGCUCCGGCCUUUGGACGGCGGCAAACGGAAGUGGACGUGGACGCGGACGCGGAGGAGGUGAUCUUGCGGGCGUCGGCGAAGCGGAACGGCCGCGGGGCGCGGCUCGGACCA